AGUAGCAUAAAAUGGCUGGAAAACAAAUGAAAUUGCUUUUACUGGUUUCAGCUGUGAUUUCUUCUCUAGCGGUCAAUGUUUUAGCCACUCCUUUGCCUCGGGCAAUCGAGCAGGUGCCUUCUCUUGGUCUUAUCUCCUCUGAUAGCGGCAAUCAGGAGACACCCUUUUCUGGUGCCUUCAAGCCUGAUCCAGAACUCCCCUACGUGGAUUUCUUAGGCAGGCGUUAUCACAUCGGGACCAUAGGGUCUAAUGAUGUCAUUAUCGUCGGAUGUGGAACUGGACUGGUGAAUGCUGCAGCAACGACCCAAGUACUGUUGGACUUCUUCAAAAUUAGAGCAGUUAUACACUUUGGCACUGCGGGCGGCGCCGACAGUUCCCUGUCCGUGGGAGAUGUUGUCAUCCCAAUGCAGUUUUCUCAAACUGGAAUAUGGGACUGGCUGAAAUCCGAGACAGCAGCACAGCCAGAUAAUGGGGUUGCUGACCUAGAGUUCAGACGCUAUCACAUUCCCGCUGACGGAUAUAAUCUGUUGGGUCGCGUGGCUUAUAUGAAAGAGUACUUCUUUUCCCCGACAGGAGAGCCUGAUGUUCCGGAAAGAAAAUUUUGGUUCGAGGCAUCCGAGGAUUUGCUGCAAAUCGCUUCCACUCUAGAGGGAAUUGAGCUAAACCAGUGCCUAAACAAAGUUUGCCUCCCUCAAAAGCCUAAGCUAGUUCUUGGCGUCAACGGUACAACUGCCAACUUUUUUGUUGACAAUGCAGCUUACAGAGAUUUCCUCCACAAAACUUUUGAUGUUGCCUCCAUUGAUAUGGAGAGCGCAGCAGUAAUCAUGACAUCCUUGGCGAAUGGCCACUCUGUGAUUGCCAUCCGCGGACUGGCUAAUUUAGCUGGAUCAGAAGAAGAAGGAGAGGAUUCGAGUGAGAGUUAUGAUGUUAAGACUUUUUCAGUUUCCAAUUUUGUAAAACUAAACAAGCAGGGAUAAGUUUAACCCGAUGCAGGUAGUUACUACACUUGGAAAUGAUCCACUGAAGAUCCCAUCAGCUGGUCCGGUGAAUAAUUUAUGUUCCUAACACAAGAAAAUGAAUAAUUUAUGCUAUUAAUUAUC